CCCUGGUGUUGGGUUGGGAAACGUCAUUUGGAAGAAGCAAUACAUAACUUAUCAGAAGACGUUUCCUUUCAAAUUAAUUGGUGUCCCUUCUUUCUCAACCCUGACACAACAGAUGAAGGUAUUCCAGUGCUUGACUAUCUAGCAAGAAAAUAUGGUCGACAGGCAGCAGAAGCUGCACGCACGGGCACAAGUUCUCUAGCACAGCUUGGGGAGAAAAUGGGUUUAAAAUUUAAUAUGAACAGAAUGAUAGUGAACACACUCAAGUCUCAUUGCCUUCUUGAUUAUGCUAAAACAAUUGGCAAACAAAAUGAACUUGCAGAAGUUCUUUUCAACAACUAUUUUCGUCAUGCCAAAAGAAUAGAUAAGUUCAAUGUUCUCCGGGAAGCUACUGAAGCAUGCAAUAUUGAUUGGUCAGCAGCAUCAAAUCAUAUGACAAAGGAUGAUGUUGUGCAACACGUGAAACAAGAGGCUGCCACUGCAAGGGAAAGUGGCAUUCACAGUGUACCACACUAUCAAAUAUAUCUUAAGUCCAAUCCGGAGAAUGUCAUACAAUUUUCAGGAGCUCAGCCGGCAGCAACAAUGUUAAGUGUCAUAAAGAAAGUGCUGCCAUUUAAAAAGUCCAAGGUUUAAGAUUUCAUUUAUUUACUACAUGCUUAUGUUUUAAUGAAAACUUGUUUUGUAAAACUUUCAAUCAAGUUCGAUGACAUGUAAACAUAAUAUUUAGUUUCCUUAAUGUUUUUGAAUAAAUAAAAGAUGUUUAUGACACAUGUCACUACCUA